GGGAGGAAGAGGAGGAGCCAGAGCCCGUGGGUCCCCGCACUGCUCACUCCCGCGCCACGCCGGCCCCGCAGUCUCCUCCCGGUCCCACGCUGCGGCCCGCUGUGGACUUCCCUGGUGCAGACAUGGCCUCGGGCUCCGCCUGCACGGCGGUGAAGAUUGGAAUAAUUGGUGGAACAGGCUUGGAUGAUCCCGAAAUUUUAGAAGGAAGAACUGAGAAAUAUGUGGAUACUCCAUUCGGCAAGCCAUCCGAUGCCUUAAUUUUGGGGAAGAUAAAGAACGUUGAUUGUGUACUUCUUGCAAGACACGGCAGACAACACACCAUCAUGCCUUCAAAAGUCAACUACCAGGCAAACAUCUGGGCCUUGAAGGAAGAGGGCUGUACACAUGUCAUCGUGACCACAGCUUGCGGGUCCUUGAGAGAGGAGAUCCAGCCUGGUGACAUGGUCAUCAUUGACCAAUUCAUUGACAGGACAUCCCUAAGGCCUCAGACCUUCUAUGAUGGGAGUCAUUGCAGUGCCAGAGGAGUGUGCCACAUCCCCAUGGCUGAACCGUUUUGCCCCAAAACAAGAGAGGUCCUCAUAGAAACUGCUAAGAAGCUAGGACUUCGGUGCCAUUCAAAGGGGACAAUAGUCACAAUUGAGGGGCCCCGUUUCAGCUCCCGGGCAGAAAGCCUUAUAUUCCGUACUUGGGGCGCAGAUGUUGUCAACAUGACCACUGUUCCAGAGGUGGUACUUGCUAAGGAGGCUGGAAUUUGCUAUGCAAGCAUUGCCAUGGCAACCGACUAUGAUUGUUGGAAGGAGCAUGAAGAAGCAGUGUCAGUGGAUGGGGUUUUAAAGACCAUGAAAGAAAAUGCCAAUAAAGCCAAAAGUUUACUCCUCACUACUAUACCUCAGAUAGGGUCGAUGGAAUGGUCAGAAACGCUCCGUAACCUAAAGAACAUGGCCCAGUUUUCCGUUUUACCACCAAGACAUUAAAACAGCAUGGCUGACACAAGAAGACGUUCUACUUCUAGUCUUUGGGGGAUUUUGCUUAAACAAAAAUGGGAAAGAUCCGCAGCCUUCAUGCCUUUGCCUAGAAAGAAAGACACUGUUAGCGACUCAACCAAGAUCCCAACUCCUCCGGGACCCAGAAGGAAAGCAGACAGCCUGCCAAACAGAGCCGGAGAGCACAUCUGUCUCACUUUCCCUAUUAAACUGACAACAAGGAUUACUAGUGAAAACAUCCACUACCCUACAGCGCUAAGGAGCCAAUACGAGCUCGAGAUGGGACUGUGUGAUUGUAAACUGGCGCCAUGUUUCCGACACUUGGUAUUCUAAGAGUUUCUCUUGAAGAAGUUAUGAGAUAUUCCUUCAAAGAAUCAUGUGUAAAGAAGAAUAUUACCUGCCAUAGUAAAAUAAUCAAAACUAUCUGAAUAUCAAAAAAAAUUAGCUGUGCCGUGUUUCCGUUAUACUUAGGUUAUGGAGCAAUCAAGUGGAAAUCAUGUUUCCUCACGAAGAAAUGAUUAAUCUUUUUCUCUACUUUUAAAUAUAAUCAAAUAAUAAAGCUGUAAAAAUUAAAAUGGACUUAGAGAACUUUGAAACUCCUUUGGUGGUGAAGUGAAGACAACAACAAUAAUAUAACUGCGCUGUGUAUGUGAAUCAAGAUAUAUAAGCCAAAUAACCCCCUUUCCCAAAUAAAGAAAUAAAGGAAAAUGCUGUGUGAGGAGCUUACUAAACCUUUGCUAAGAAAGAUCCUGGGUCACCACACAGCUAAGAUGAUGUAACUGAGAAAGCCAAGGCCGGUGUUUAAUGCAAGCCAGUGUGACUCAUCACAGUGUAUCGAGAGUUGACACAUAAUCAGUUGGCAAUUUUUUUCUUUUGUUUAAAAGAAGAAAGUAGAAGCCUAACUUUUUAUUUUUCAAAUUACUGUUGUUACAGGUGCCCUACAGCGCCCGUAAAGGGUCUGUAAAGUGAGUGUGCCUGUGUCUGAAAUUGACUUCAAGAUAAUAAGCUGUUGAUUGUAAGCAAUAAAUGAAUUAUUUGCUCCAGUGUUAAUGUCGAGCGAGGCCCUGGAUAAGUGCAAUUGUUACUUCCGCCCAUGUUGCAGUGCUCCCAUCUCUGGCUGUAAGCAGUCCGUGGAGACUCCGUGAGGCCUGAUCAGGGCUUUAGGUUGUUUUUACUCACUGCAGUGUCAACACUUCUUUCCCCUUAGCCACUGCGGGGUGGGCAUCCGUUUUGUUGCCUUUAGAAAAUGCUGCUCUCUUCAACAUGGAGAAUGACUUUCUUCAGUGGCCUUUCUAGCAUCAUGUGCAGGCUUCUUCCCCUUUUCCUUAAUCCUUCAUCAUGAUGAAACAUGCAUAUAAUCACUGGGUCUGGCUCAACAUGAUGCUGUCCGUUCUGUCCAUCUUCCUACGGGUAUCGUAAUUCCAUUCUUUUUCUGACAAGAUGAAAUCUCCUUGUGUAUCCUUUCCGCAUCCUUAUCCAUGCAUGUGUUGAUGGACGUGUGGGCUGCUCCCAUAAUGUACCUGUUCUGAGUAGUGUUUCAAUAAACAUCAGUUUGCAGACUUCUCAGAUGAUCAG